GAUGUAUACAGCCUAUGGCAAAUAUCUUGACAUUAAAUUUGUGAAAUAUGUCCCGACAAAUUGGGUUGUUUUCUUCACGUGCGCACGUGAUAUGUAUUUGGAUGGCAUUGAUCACAUGGUCUGAAAGGAUAGUAUCCUCAAACGUGUGUCCUGAGAGCGGGGACAUUGUGCCUUCAACAGACAGCUACACAAAUGUUGAUAUCGAUAUGAGACGAGGCGAGACCUGUACCUGGGUCAUAGAACGACACGACUGUCAGGGUGACGGGGGUAUCGAGGUGGAUGUGUAUUUUCGGAGUUUCUCUAAUGAUGAUUCGGUACACAUCUAUAAUGGACCAUCCUCUAAGUAUCCGUUGAUUCAAACCAACAUACCGGACUGGAGUUAUGUGUUUAUCCUACCUCCUAAAAGAUCGUCAGGGAGGUUCAUAACGGUCGAUUUCCUAAUAAGGAAUUACUAUUACACCAGAUCGUUCACCUUUCGUUUCCGUAAUACGCCCAGAGGGCGAGCACCUUCGAUGACUGUUAACGUGAAACGGCCGAUGAAUCCCAGACGGAAACGUGUGAUGAUGAAUCACUAUUAGCGACCAAAACAGCGAGCUUCAUCACAUCCCCAGGGUAUCCACGGCUGUACCGGAACUCACUGGACUGUAAAUGGACCGUGAUGUCUGAUGACAUAUGCAAUGAUGACGUCAUACAAGUAACUAUUCACGAGUUAUCAUUAGAGGACAAUGAUCACCUUCUGAUAUACGAUGGCAGACACAAGUAUGAACCAGUGUUAGCCAAUUUAUCCGGACAUGGGGAACCACGAGUGAUCAUUGCGUCCGGAACUGCAGUCGUUAUCAUGUUUAAUACGGACGAUACAUUACCAGGACGAGGCUUUAAGCUGUCGUUCAUCCGAAGGAAGGGGACUCCCUCACUGCCCGAUCCAGUCACCAUCAAAGUAACAGAGACCAUGGCGGAGAUGUCUGUUGAUUUCCUAUCGGGUAUCCCACAUAACGCGGUGUUCUGGAGUAAAGAUGGCGUCAUCGUUCAACAGGACGACAAACAUACACUCACUGUGACCCCGGCUGAGGUCAGCGUCGAGUCGGAACAUGGCAUCAAUGUGGACGGGUUCAGAGCCUCGCUCCUGAUCAAAAAACUAGAACCACGUGACUUUGGCAUGUACAAAGUGGCUGUCGGAAAUCGGUUCGGAAUAAGUGGAAGGGGGUGCUUUCUCCGACGGAGACUAUUUGCUCCAGUCAUACAUAACUAUACUGUGUUUGAAAACAAUGCUACAAUAAUGGUGACGUUUUCCUCAUAUCCAGACUUCGAGGUCAAAUGGUACAAGACCCACCGUAUCAAUACAACCGGAAGUGACGUUCGAAUAACCACAGAGCGCGCUGAAAACCAGCAUAUUGGUAACGAAAACGAGGCUAUAUUUAUAUCUAUACUAAGUCCGGAAACACCAACACAACCUGACUACGGAGAUUACACGUGUAUCAUAAGUAACGACGUCGGGACAGCAGAAGUCUCCAUCUAUAUAGGAUUUCCCAAAACAGAAAUUCCAAAGGUUUUGCCUUCGUCUGUAGAAUUGAAAGAUGCAGGAAUCAUUUUGAGGGUGAACUUUGACUCCAAUAUUGCAUAUCCAACGGCAACUUGGUACCAUGGCAACGUGCGAUUGGAAACAUCUUACAAAUACAGAUCGGGAUUGACUUGGGAAGGAAUCCCCUCGUCGGACUGGAUCGCGAACGGCUAUCCAUCAGUUCUACAUUCCGAGGUGGUUCAACUUAUCACAGAGAGACGGGAAAAUGGCCGUAACAUUACAGGCAACUACAUUUAUCCGUCAAUCGGCGGUUCCAGAUCGUCAACCCAGCGUGACGCUAAUUAUACCGCAUUCCUAACUAUCUCUGAGGUAACAGCUGACGACUUGGGUCUCUACAGAGUUGUCCUGAAGAAUGACGCCGGGUUAGCAAAUCACGUCAUUGACGUCACUACAAUUGAGGUUUUCCCUUAUGCAACCUGUGAUCAGUUGGAAACCAUCCAACUGGAGUGUAACGUCACUUCCUGUUCUGGAGUUACUCUAUCAUGGAUCCAUUCUGUUGGUGGUGACGUCAUCAGACAUCUUCCUGGUCAUCAAGAUGGAUCAAUCAACACACUUACAAUACCUAUGUGCAUGUACUCGGACGCAGGCACCUACAAAUGUGUUGGAACAGACAAACAAACCGGAAGUGACGUAGCGAUUAGAUUUGACAAAACUGUUCUUACUGUUAGAGCCAUUCCAGUUAUUCUGGAAUCAAGUGUCGACAUCCAAAAUGGCGGUAUACUUUUAGAGGUUCCAUUCUUUUCAAAUCCUCCACAUCGCCUGGUCACGUGGUAUCAAAAUGGUAACAAGCUCAUUUCAUUUUACAACAAAGUUAUAGCAACAGUAUCAGGUGACGUGAAACUGCCAAUGCACGGGAAGACAGGAAACCAGAAAGGUCACGUGACUUCAAUGGGUGUGGACUUGCCAAAUGUAGACGAUUAUGGGAUGUAUAAGAUAGCAAUUUCAAACGAAAUGGGAAACUCCGAGCAUAUUAUCCAUGUUCAAAACCCAGAGUAUGCCAGACCGGUAACUUCCAGUGACGUCAGCGUUUCCUUUACUGAAAACUCGGCUCUCCUUAACGUGACUUUCUCAUCAUAUUAUCGUAACUUCAGUGUGAAGUGGUACUUCAGAGGUCAACAUGUCCAGGGAGGUCACUCCGUCAAUAAGUACGUCAUACAGACUGACCCUUCCGCCAACAUACCCGACCUUAACCCUUUGGUACGAACAAAAAUCACCAAGUCCACCACUCUGACGGUCACGUGUUUAUCAGAGGGGGAUUAUGGGAUAUAUGAUGUCGUCGUGUCAAACAAGGCGGGGCAUACAACGAUUCCAGUUCGGUUAACUGCCCAGGAACAAGGUGCUCCUUUGAUAAUUGGGGACAUGGUUGCCGACGUCACACAUUCCACAGCAGAAUUAUCUGCGACUUUCCAUUCCUCCUCGGGCUACAGACUCGUAAAAUGGUUAAAGGGAGAUAAUGAAAUAACCAACGACUCGGUAAAGUAUAACAUCGUAAAUGAGGACGUCGACAUCAAGAUCUCGUACAACGGAGAAACGAUGGAGGAGACUGGAACCAUAACGAGGCUGAGUGUGACGUCACUCGAGGACCCGGAUUAUGGACUCUACACAGUGCAGAUCUACAACGACAUCGGGAUGACCGACAGAUCAGUGACACUGGACGAAGAAUGUACGUAAUACCCCAGACAACCCUUGCCGCGUGACUGAUUAUGAUAUCCUUGUGUUAAACUAUAUUGUCUAUAAACUCGAAAGGUUCCGAAUCCUGUGUAUCAUAUGGUACAAUAAACAAAGCGACAAUCUAA